ACUCAAGCAAAGAAAUGGAAGCAAUGGAUUUUCUGUUUUUAGUUCUCUCCGCCACUAUUUUCUUCUUCCUCCUCUUCCAUAGCAUCGACCACCACCGUAGAAGGAGACUACCACCAGGCCCAGCCGGCCUCCCAAUCAUCGGAAACCUCCUUGACAUUGGACCACAACCCCAUGAGUCCUUAGCCAAGCUUUCCCAGAAACACGGUCCACUUAUGACAAUUCGAUUAGGCAGCGUCACCACCGUGGUGGCAUCCACACCCGAUGCUGCUAAAGAAAUCCUCCAACGCAAUGAUGAGGCGUGUUCUGGCCGUAUUAUCCCAGAUGCUGUCACCGCCUUGGACAACCAUGACGCGGCGGUGAUUUGGAUUCCAGCCAACUAUCAGUGGCGGACCAUUAGGAAAGCCAUCAAGAGGUACUUCACCAACCAACUAAAACUUGAUAUUGUUCGUGACCUUCGCCAAAAUGUGAUGGAGGGGAUGUUAGAUUUCCUUCGAGAGUCCGGGCGGAAGAAGGUAGCUGUGGACAUCGGAAAGCUGGCAUUCGCGGUGGCACUCAACCAGAUGUCAAACACAUGCCUUUCACGGAAUCUGACUAGCUAUGAAUCUGAUGAUAUCGGGGGGUUUAAUUCGGCAGUGAAGACAUUGAUGGAGGUGGACGGGAGGUUUAACAUCGCAGACAUAUUUCCGGUGCUGAAGCCGUUAGACCCGCAGGACAUACGACGGCAGGCAAAAGCAUCUUAUGACUGGUUCAAUCAGGUGACAGAAGGUUUCAUAAGAGAAAGGUUAAAACAUCGAGAGUCGAAUAAGUUGUCGAGGUUUGGUGAUACCUUGGAUUCAUUGUUGGACUACAGUGAAGAUCAUGAAGCCGACUUCAAUCUCACACACAUCAAGAUUUUACUUGUGGAUUUAUUUAUAGCUGGAACAGAAACAAAUUCAAGUACAAUAGCAUGGGCUAUGACAGAGCUGCUACUUAACCCUCAUAUAUUCUCAAGACUUCGUGAAGAAAUCUCCACAAUAGUGGGAGAAGAUGGAAAAAUUCAAGAAGCCAAAAUCUUGGACUUGCCAUUUUUGCAAGCUGUAAUCAAAGAGACUUUGCGACUUCAUUUACCUGUGCCUCUAUUAGUGCCUCAUAAAACUGAAAGUGAAGUUAAACUCGGUGAAUAUAUGAUACCAAAAAAUACACGAAUUCUUGUAAACGCAUGGUCCAUAGCACGUGACCCUAUAUAUUGGGAAAACCCGUUGACGUUUAACCCAGAAAGGUUCUUCGAAAAUGAGCAGAUUGAGUACAAAGGCAAACAUUUCAAAUUUAUACCAUUUGGAUCCGGCCGAAGAAUGUGUCCUGGAAUAUCAUUUGCUCAUAGGGUGGUGAGCUUAACCGUGGCAUCAUUUGUGUAUCAUUUUGAUUGGAAACUUCCUCAUACUAAAGAAGAAAUGGACAUGAAUACUAUUUUUGGACUUACAUUGCUUAGGGCAACACCUCUUGUUGCUAUCCCAUUACCCAUCAAUUUGGGCACAUAAUAUCAUCAAGUGUGUAGUCAAGUGUGUAUGUGAUUGUUAUUAAUGAAUGAAUGGUAUGAGCUUUAAACAAUUUAU